UUUUUAGAUUAGUUUUGUACUGAAAGUUUUGUAAGUUAUACCAAUGUCUUCACCAACCGCGCGAGCUGAAGAUCUUCUGCUACGCAACAAACACAUAAUUGAUCCUUUCAAUCGACUUGGAUGUAAUUUUGAUCCUUUUCUGGCCGUCGUCGAAUUUUGCCAAAUACAGGGACCACGACCCUUAGCGACAGUCUCUUUGGGACAAAGCAGGAAACCCUCACCUCUUGAUGUGGACAGUUUAUCAGUUUGGCUAAUGAGCUGUGAAGCGUUGAGUGGAUCAAUUUUGAUGAUAUACAAUCAGCAAAUGGGAUUAUAUGCAUUGUCUUACUAUGCUAAUAUGUAUGACAUAAAGGCACGAGCUUUUCAACGCCCAGUUUGUGUCGCUCUGCUAACAUCGGAACGUCCAACAUCGAGUCAACUGACGCGGUUUUCAUCUGGUGUUCGGAAACUCGUUUCACCGUUAAUUAGAUGUAAUCGGCGAAUGUUUCUAAGACAGCUCACUGAUGUGAUCAAAAUUUCGGAUGCCGUAGAAACUGAUACUAUACAGACUUACUACACCUUGGACGCGGACGUAUUGAAGCAGUCUGGUCCAAACAGGAAGCUUUCCAAUGUUGCUGAGCAGGCGAGAAAAUUGCGUCCUAGGAUGCAGGCGAUGUACGAUGUUUUAUCCGAAACUAGCAGCUGUUCCGAUUGCUCUGGACACUGUGGCGAGGAUAACGCGGCAGCAGAAGAGAUGUUUAUGUCUUUUCUCCAAAAUUCCCCUCUUGACCCGAUUUCCGACGUAGCACCAUGCGCCUAUGAUAGCUUUAUUGCGAAUCUACAUGGCUUCCUUGUACAGUGUACAGAAACUCAUCUGGAGAAGGGUGUACUAUAUUCUGCAAAUGCUCCUAUCCUACGAUUUCCUAAGCGCACAUCUCCAAUGAAAUUUAAAACCUCCGAUUCCAAUAACAAAGACUGCAUUUUUGCAAGUACUGAGGAGAAUUUGCGCUCUGUCUCACAACAUUUGGACAAUAUACUUUUCCCGAUUCUCGCAGGCGAUGAUAUGAUAGUCUGCGGUUCUGAGCAACGGAAAGAAACUGUGGUAGACUUUGUUGACAAAAUAAAUUUUGUCAAACCGAAGUCCCAUCCUAAUCACAAGGUCGUAUUGUGGACAGACAGCAAGGAAAGCCGUCCAAAGGGUGUGGUAGGGGUAUGCCACGUUCGAACCGAAUCAGCUGCACUUGACCCACCCAACGCUGCAGUGCUGGAUGCGAAUGCAAAUUUGCUGCGCACUGUACCCUACAGAGGCUCACUCCUUACUCCUUUCAACGUAAAAAGACGUUUUCCGUCAGAUGCAGCACUUCUUGCUUUCAUCACAGCUUCAUUAACAAAUAUAUCAUUCUUGGUAUACUUGUCUCGUUUCCUUUCUCCGUUGCAUCUAGAAGGAGAAAAUAUCUCCCUUGAUGACGAACGCAUUUUGGUAAAUAUGCUCACCGAGUUGGAUUUGGUCAAAUAUCAAGGACUGAAGUGUGCUUUGGAAAAGAGGCGUCCUAUCUAUGCACCUACCAAGUCUAUCCAGUUGUGAUUACUUCAAGGAACUUUGUCAUGCUGUACUAUACAUGUUCAUAAUCAGAUUCUAUGAAAUCUUGCCUAU